AUUUUCAAAACACCAACUGCCGCCACAUUGUUGUUAUUUUAGUAAUUUUAGUUUUUACUUUUAAUGUGAAUUAAAUAAUAUAAAGCUAAGUUUAAGUUUAAGAAACUAUAGUAAAAUGAGUCACUUUGAGUUUUGUAUUCCCUUAAAAAAGGACGAGCUACUCGAAGCUCACGCUGGCAAAUACCAUGUAGAAGAUAUUGUCCAACCAAGAUUGUUACUAUCGAAACUACAAAAUGCAGCCCGAAGCUACAACUCUGAGGGUGUUGAAUAUAUACUGGAACACUUCGAUACAUACUUUUCAAUUAUUGUGCAUGGAGGUAAACUUGAAUGGAACGAGAUAAAUAAAGGAUUUGAGCACAUACUAAGAACUGUAAAAAGUCUUUGUGCACAUUUGGAGCCUAUACUUCAAGAGCAGACAAUUGAUGAAGACGUUCGAGUGAAGAAUUCGAACAUUGUGAAGAUGGUCAUAUAUUUGUUCACAGAAAUAAUGAAAAUUAAAGAUGUGAAAUUAGCUGCUGAUAAAUUAAAAAAGCUGACAUUAGGUAAGAAAGGCAAGAAAGCGGUAACAGAAGAAGAUGAGCUCUGUGGCUGGACCGAGGCUGACAGGCAGACAGCAUUGAUCACUUUACACCUAGUCUUACAACAACCACUCUCCAACCUGUGGGACCCGCCUUUGGCUGAACACAACUUUGUGUCAAUGGUAUCACAACCUUGUUACAAUGCUCUGGAGGACCAAAUAGUGAAGAGCAAAACUGUCAGAGAAAUAGUUUUUCAAAUACUAGGUGUACUCAUAAAGAAAUAUAACCACGGGACAUCUUGCCUCAUUAAAUUGGUUCAGAUUUUACAAAUAGCAGAACACUCUGUGUCUCCGAUAUGUGCUGGAGUGGUGCAGUUGACAAAAGACUUUGGACUUGGAACAUUUGGACCACAAAUGGUUCGUGAAAUAGCCGAAGCACUGGCAUCAAGCGAGGAGGACAGUGGGGGCGUCAGCACAGAACAAGGUGCUGCAAAGAACUGUGGAGCCUUCUUACUGGAACUCACCAAGGAACUGCCUAAGGAAAUGACCAGCGCCAUUGCCAUGAUACAAUCUUAUUUGGAAAGUGAUGAGUCAUACACGAUCCGAAUCAGUGUCCUGGGCAUGAUGUGCGAGGUGCUGAGCGUGGAGCUGCGCGGCGAGGGGCUGUCCGACGAGCAGCGCAUACAGCGCGACGACUUCCUCGACGACCUGUACGAGCACAUGCACGACCUGUCCGCGUACGUGCGCCACAAGGUGCUUCAGUUCUGGCACCGGCUGAUGCGCGAGUCGUGCAUACCUGUGACGCGGCAGCACAGCGUGCUACAGCGCGCCGCCGGCCGCCUGCGCGACAAAGCCGCGCUCGUCCGCAAAGCUGCCAUACAACUGCUCAAGGUAUUUUUAGAGUGUAACCCAUUCUCUGCCCAAUUGAAACUGGAAAUAUUAGAGGCUGAUUUGGCGAAGGAACAACAAAUUUUGGAGGAUCUUCAAAAGAAACUUAACCCUGACCCUGACCCAGCGCUUGUAAAGAAAUGGGGGGAAAUCGAAAAGGACGUUGUGAAGACGAUUAAAGAGAAAAUGGACACACUUACACAAGAUGAACCAGAUUUGUCUCAAGCCACGCUGGACAAUUUGUACGAAGGAAUACGCAGGAGUAUACGGGAAAAGAAUUACUUUAAGGCGUAUCUUGUUGUGAAGCACACAGAACGGUUAUAUCCAGAUGCGAAACUGUUGAGAUGUGAAAUGGAAAAGUCUGAUCAGCUGGACUACUUCGUGGCACUCCUCCGCAACAUCUUCGUGAUACCAGAGAGAAGGCAAUCUCUUACGCAGCAGUGUGAGAACGAGCUCGCCUUGCACAAGAGAGUGGAAGAGAAGGAGAGCGUCGUGGCCUUCCUCCAGGAGUCUGUCAACUUCAGCCGCGUGAUCUCCGAAGCUAUUCCGCUGAUCAACUCGCUGUUGAUGUCAAAGCAGGCGGGUGACGUCAGCGAGGCGAUAGACUUCUUCACUGCAGCGCACCACUUUAACAUCGACGCGGCUAAAGUUAAUAUGCUACAUCUCGUUUGGUCUCCAGAUCAGGACAAGCGCGAGGCAGUAGAGCGCGCGUACCGCGAGAUGUACCUGGAGAGUGACAGCAAGGCGGAGCGCGCGCGGGCCUUCGCCAUCGCCAGCAAACUGGUGACGCUGGUGGGCGCCGUGGACCGCGGCAGCGCGCUCGCGCUGGAGCACCUCGUCGACAACUGGCUGACCAAGGGGGACAUCACGCCGGCCAUCAUACAGGUGUUCUGGGAAAUAUUUCUAAAGAAAAUCGACGGCACCACAGAUUCGGACAGCUACGCAGCGCUCACGCUGCUCGUCAUGAUAUCCAAAGCGAAGCCGUCCGUCGCACUAGCCAACAUCGAAGUCAUCCAGACUCACGGCCUAACUGGAGACUACAACAGCAGACGACUGAGUGCAGAGUUACUCACGUCUCUGGGAAAUAAAUCACAAAAAUACCCCGCUGACCACGCUAUAUUCACAUCUUUAUAUGAAAGCUUAUUGGAAACAUUUUCAAAAUGCGACAAAUUUGCAUCUUUCGCCAGCAACUCCAUCGAUUUUAUUUACGCUGUGUGCGAUACUCCUGAUGUUAUUUGCACGAAGAUUUUAGCGGAAAUGUAUAAACGUGUAGAGGAAACUGUAAUAAAGGAAGGUGAGGACGAAGCUAGCGUGCCAACUGAAAUGCUGACUCGCUUCAUAUUUGUGCUGGGACACGUCGCGUUGCAACAACUUAUUUACUUGGACAUAUGUGUUUAUAACGAGCUGAGAAGAAGAAAUGAGGUCCGCGAAGUGCGCAAGGCGGAGGAGAAGCGGAAAAAAAAGGCGGGCGCGCUCGCCACGCCGGCGCGCCGCGGCCGCGCGGAUGACUUGCGGCGCCAGACGCUCAUGAACGCGUCCAGCGCCAGCGCCGCCUCGCGCAACAAGCGCUCCGCCAGCGUCGUCUCCAACAAGACGCCGUCCACAAACACAACAAUGACGGAGGAGGAGGCCGGGCUGGAGGGCGCCGUGGCGGACGACGCGGACGCUGAGUACAUACGCAGCGUGUGCGAGCUGAACAUCGUGGGGCCCGGCACCGCGCUCGCCAGGUACCUGCCGCUGCUGAAGUGGUGUCUGUCGCACCCCGCGCGCUGCUCGCCGGCGCUGCAGGCGGCCGCCGCGCUCACUUAUACUCGGUACAUGUUGGUGUCGAGCGUGGUGUGCGAAGAGGGCCUGACACUGAUGGUGACCGUGCUCAAGAAGUCCAAAGCCGUGUCGCUGAGGACGAAUCUCACCAUUGCUUUUGCUGAUUUGACUCUACGGUUCCCAAACCUAACACAACCUUGGACCCAUCAUAUUUACCAGAUUCUAAGCGAUGAGGAACUAGAAAUACGUCAGUGCGCAGUGAAGAUGCUGUCUUUCCUCGUUCUGCACGAAAUGGUGCGCGUGAAGGGACAGAUAGCGGACAUGGCGCUGUGCUGUGCCGACAGAGACCCGCGCGUGGCCGCCAUGACCAGGGUGUUCUUCAAACAGCUGUCCCAAAAAGGGAACGCGCUGUACAACGUCAUGCCGGACAUCAUCUCAAGGUUGAGCGAUCCAGAACUUAACGUACCGGAGGAGCAGUAUAGAGUUAUUAUGAAAUACAUAACAUCCCUCAUACAAAAAGACAGGCAAAUGGAAGCCCUGGUGGAGAAGCUGUGCCACCGCUUCAAGUUGUCGACUGAGGAGCGCCAGUGGCGGGACCUGGCGUACUGUUUGUCCCUCUUCACGUACAACGAGCGCUCGCUGCGGAAACUGAUCGAGAACCUCGACUGCUACAAGGACAAACUGCACUGCGCCGGCGUCAUGGAGUCCUUCACAACGAUCAUGAAUAACACUUCUAAAAUGGCACGCACUGAAGUAAAGAACUUAGUCACAGAGCUGGGCGACAAGAUAGAGGAAUGUUUCGCUGUGAGAGACAGAGAUGAGGCGGAAGGCGAUAGCGAAGCGUUGGGAGAGAAAAACAGAGUUGAGCCGCGAGCCACGCCGCGCCGCAAGCCGCAGCGCCGCAACCGACGGCGAUCUAGCUCCAGCCCUGAUGAGAAUGAGCCACCAGAGAACACAGAACCCGCUACUCCACAAUCUGUCAGAAAGUCCGUCAGGAAAGGGGCACAGAGAAAAAAAGUCACUUAUAAUUAUAAUUCAGAUGACUCAGCUGAUGAAGAUGGUCAAAACAAGGAGGACGAUGUAUUCAAAAAACCGACGACCAGAAAAGUUACGCGUAAACAUAAUUAAUGUUUUUUUUUUUAAUUAAAUAUUUAUAAAUAACCAA